AUGAAAGUUUUAUCAGACAACAUUGAAAAUGUUUCAGUCUUCAAAUCCAAAGAAUACGCAAGUGGCAAGAAGGAAUACGUUGGUUACUACGCGUGUUGUGAGGCUUUUGACUUUUGUUCUUUCUAUAAACAGCUCUGGUUUCUGAUGGUUUGUGGUGGUUGUGCACUUCUCCUGUUCUGUAUCCUCAUUGGAGUGGCCUUCUUCUUGAUUUGUCGCAAACGGAAACGUGGAAGUCGUGGAGUCAGUGAAAAGAAGGAAGAUGUCAUGAGUAAAGACUUCCGACUUCCGGGCAUUUUUCACUUCCGACUUCCGUUUUGA